CGAGGUGAGUGCCUAACCUGCCUAACCGGUAUCAUUUCACGACUCCCGAGCUGCGUACGCAGCCCAUCUUUAACCGUCAUCCAGUCCUGCGACAAAUUUGGGCGGUUUAAAAGCUACCUGAGCUUUGUGCUCUCCCUGGCCUUCAGCUGCGAUGAUGCACGCGCUGCGACUGCACCCCGGCGACGAGCUAAUGGGCUCUCUUAAGCAGUACUGCUCCGACAACAAAUUGGCAGCAGCGUACAUUGCCACCUGCGUCGGAUCCUUGAAAGCAGCAACGCUACGACUCGCGAACGCGGACCGCGACCGACCGAACGAGAUAAAGACAUACGACCAACGCUUCGAGAUCGUCUCGGUGGUCGGUACCAUAUCAUGCGAGGGAGCGCACAUCCACUUGGGCCUGGCGGACGCCACCGGUGCGUCGAUCGGCGGCCACCUCAUCUCCGCGACCGUGUUUACGACUGCAGAGAUCGUGCUCGGAGAGGUGCCUUGCAUCACAUUUGAUCGCCAGUUCGACGACGCGACUGGCUUCAAGGAACUGGUCGUGGUGCGGCGGCAGGACGUCAAUAUCCUGCGACCGGCGGUCGCCGGAGCAGCGCUCGUCGCGCUCGGGAUUGUGCUUGGGCGGCGGACGCGCUAG